UCAGAAGCUUAGCAUGACUUGGGUUUGAUAAAGCCUUUUAUGGCACUAAAAAUAAAGGCUUUGAGAAUGAGGGCUGGCCUCACAGAGCUUAUAUUUCCAUCAGCUUCUUGUUCAGGAUCCUCAUGCUGUAGCAGCCCUCAUCAUCCACUAGGUGGCCUCCAUGCGCCUUGUUCGUUUGGGUUUGUGUUAUCCCAAGGGACCAGGGACACUUUAAGGUCACCCGCUGGAGAAGAGAGCAGGGAAACUGCAAGACACUGGUAUUUUGAAGAACAUCAGACAGCGGAAACAUUGAUAUUCACCAGCAAAACCUGAUGCAGCCUAGCCAAGAUACACCAAAAGCACGCUCUUGAGUAAAACGUCACCAUCGGUCCAUGCUUUUUUUUUUUUUUUUUUUUUUUUUAAAUUCCACAAUACAUCUUAAGUUUAACAUCGAUGCACUCUCUUAAACGCUGGUGCGCUUGUGUGCGCCAAUGGCGUGCGUGACAAUACAAACAAAAGCAAAGCACGGCGUAACUUGCGCAGAAGCCGCCUGAGAAUUCUGCGUAACCCGUUGCCAUAAAUAAAAGUGGGGCCAGAUGCUCAUGCGCACUACGCAAGGGACGUUGUUAUUCUCUGAUCCUCAGUCAGAUAAAUAAUCGCAAAUAUCUACCGGUGGGAUUAUUUUGCACACGUCGCUCAGGUGAGUCCAGUCCAAAUGCGUUUUGACCUGCCAGCAUGUGAGAAAUGACCAUCAGCUGAUUUUGCGCGGUGUCACAGGCGUGCAGCCCUUCAAAUUUCUGCAGCUUAGCUCGCAUAUUGGGCAUCUGGCUGGACAUGACUAGACAGGCAACAUGCAUGCGUUUCUUGGAAUAGUGAUGCUUGGGGAAAAUAUGUAUGGGCGUUAUGUUGCAGAAAACAUCGCCGUGGUUGUCUCACAGCACCCUCUUGUGUAGCUUGUUGAUUGACGACAGCCUGUCCUUGUUAGCUGGCUUGGUUUCAGCGGAGGAUGGGGAUGAAUGAUAAUGACGUGCUCGUCCCUGUCCACUGUAUGGGCUGUUUAUAGGUGAAACAACCCACCAGUGGUAAUCUGUCCCAUUUGCAAGAUGAUGUCCUGUGUCCUGCUGAGCGCCCUUUUCACUCUGUCUCCCUCAGUGGCAGGAUUCCUACUGGGUGAAAAUGAAGAUUUCCAGAUUGUGUGUGCCGGGAAGGAAUUUCGUCUGCCUGUGUACUCGGCAUCGAGGAUUGUUACUUUUACGCCAAACUCCCCUCCUGGGCCACGGCGUGUCCUGCUGGAUAAAAACAGUGUGAAAGACCCGCGGUUUGAAUGGACCAGAGACAGAAUGCUAGUGCUGAAAGAAGUGACCCACGGUGACCAGGGCCUCUACGCCAUCAAGCUGUCCUCUGGAUUCACUUACGAGACUGUUCGUUUGACUGUUUCAGAAUGUAUCAAAUCCUACCAAAGAAACUACGGGGAGAACUUUCAGCACAACAUUCCCCAGGACGGCUCCCUGCUGGAGUUUUCACCCCGAGGGACACCCGCCGAGGCCGAGCCAAUUGUGUUGUGGAACCGGACCGACCCUGACACCAGCGAGGUAGGCCGGGGGAGACUGCAGCGGGACGGGAAGGUCUGGGUGGCCGAGAGAGUGACGCAAGCAGACCAAGGCAACUACACCAUCAGGGAUGACAGUGGAAAAGUGCUUUCCCGCAGCACGCUUACUGUCCAUGGACACACCUUCAAUGUCACCCGCUUCACCAAGGAGUCUCUAAACCUGCCCCUCUUUCUCCCUGUCCCUCAUGCCCACCUCAUUUUUACCCCCACCCGGUACCCUGAUGAAUCCUCCCUGGGCCCGUUUGACCCCAGGCCCCCUCGUGGUCCCGUGCAGCUCAUCCGGGAGGGCCAGAUAAUGGACCAUGACAUGCGCUACCGGGGGCUCAUCUCUUUGGGCAGGAACGGUACCAUCAAUGAGAUUGUUAUUGCAAGGCUGACCACAAGACAUGAUGGGAUGUACGACAUCAGAGACCGGGAUGGCAACCUGGUGUCCUCCACCUCCUUGCAGGUGAUUGAUAAGGUGGGUAAAUGGCGAGCAGUGCUGAAGUCCAUCAGUGUCCCCUCUGGUAUGUUUGUGUCGCUGGCUGGUUUCAUCCUGUUCAUGAAGCGCUACCCUAACUGUAGCGUCUCACAAAUCAUCAGCGGCCUCAGAGCAAACCACCCAGCUCCAGCCAACCCUCCAAGGAUUAACAUCCAGGACUACAGCCAGCCCAGCGCUCAGCCCUCUGGCUUCUAUGGUCACUCCCAGCUGCCUGGAUCACCGAGGAAAUGGAGCCCAAGAGCGAGUCCAUCUCAUACGGGUUACACUCCUGUGAUGGUAGAAACUGUCUCUCAGCUGUCCCCGGUUCACGUGAGCACUGACAACUGGCAAGCAGACAGAGUGGAAGCUGGGAGCUCGGCUAAUCACGACUCCAAUAUUGAGCGGGAUACAUGUAGUGACACAGCGAGGAAGAUUUCCUUUUCGUUGGCUGGGGCAUCAGACUGCCUCCACUCGUCCGAAGACUGCGUUCAGUUCCAGAUCAAGAAAGAGGGAGACAAGGAGAGAUGGAGCAAAGCACAGGACUACUUUUCCAUCCUUCCACUGGACAUGGAUACCUCUGAAUCCUGCAGUGUUUACACGUCAGACAAACUUAAUUUCUUAUAGGACAUAGAAUUCUCUGACGCGGUAAAGUGCUAUGGAAAAUUGAAACCGAAAUCUCACCUGUGCCUUUGACGUCUGAACCUAGCUUCAAACUGUUUGAUGUCAGUAUUGCAUGGUAUUUUGUAAUGUAAUGACGAUCACUCUUCAGCAUGAGUUGAGCAAUAGCCUUCCUGUUCCAUAUUACCCAUUCUACUGACAGUGGCUGAUGGUGUUCCCUAAAAUCCUCUUUUGGCAAGCCUCUGCUGUGACCUACCUCCAGACCCUCAGGACCAACUUGAUCUGCACUGUAUAUUUGUUGCGUGUGCAUGUGUGUAAUGAAAUUGUUAUUCAAGUGUUAUGUGAGGAUGAAGGCAUAUAGAAAGGUAUAUUAGAAGCUGAAGUCUGAAUGGAUAAAGUUGUGAAAGAGAAUUCUUAAGUAAAACUAGGUUAAUGGAUAGUUAUUUGAAGUGUUUUUCCUCGAUAGGCAAUAUACAUGUUCACUACUGAUAGCUAAAUCAUUUACCACAAAAUCUUUUCUAAUGUCUUCUCUAUCUCUAAAUAUUUUUUUUAGUGAUAGUUCAUAGUGUUAAUAAACUAUUUACCCCUUGCAGUCAUUGUAGUGAUUGCAAUAAGCUGUCCAUCUGUAGUUAUGACCAUUGUGAAUAGGAUAAUAUUUUAUCUCUGAAUCUUACCAGUGGCUCACGAGGUUUUCCCUCCAUAUUCUUUGAAACAGCAAAUAUUCAAGCACUUCUCACCUUUGAGCAAAUAAAACAAUUAACGAGCAAACAAAAACAAAAAGUAUGUAAUUGUCUCUAGUGUUUGUUGGGUGGGUGCACUUAAUGUAAUACUGACCUCAGGCACUAGAGGGCAGCCGAGAGUCUGUGAACGCCAAACACGAAGCGUAGAAGAAGAAGAAGCGGCUCGUUGUCCCAGCAUGCAGUAGGGAGUUGUAGCGGCAAUGAAAGGACAGCGUGCCACUUCCAACUUCACCAAAACAUAAAUAAAGU